AUGGCUGCCGUUUCCUCCACCACCGUCCUCGUCGGUGCCCGUGGCAUCGUGGCCAACCGCCGCACCGUGUCUGCGCGCUCCACCCGCGUCGCGUCCACCGGUCGCAAGGGUGAGUUACAGUCCCAAACCUCAGAUUCGAACCGCCGACCGUCCCGCCGAUUUCCAUCGCGCUUCACGCGCGAUCCCACCCUCGGGUCGAAGCCAAGUCAACCCGUGAGACUGACGUUCCGCUCCGUCAUCCCCCAUCCGAAAACAGCCAUCAUCGUCACCGCCAUGGCCCGCGAGACCGACCCCAAGAAGCGCGUCGUGAUCACCGGCAUGGGCCUCGUGUCCUGCUUCGGCAACGACUACGACAAGUUCUACGACAAGCUCCUCGCGGGAACCUCGGGGGUCAAGAUGAUCGACCGCUUCGACACCGCCGACUUCCCCACCAAGUUCGCCGCGCAGAUCACCGACUUUGACAACGAGGGCAUCGUCGACAAGAAGAACGCGCGCCGCAUGGACGACUGCCUCCAGUACGCGCUCGUCUCUGGCAACAAGGCGCUGAUGGACGCGGGCCUCACCGACGACGUCAUCGAGGGCAUGGACAAGACCAAGAUUGGCGUCCUCGCGGGCUCCGGCAUGGGCGGCCUGACCGUCUUCCAGGACGGCGUCAAGGCCCUCGUCGAGAAGGGACCCAAGAAGAUCACCCCGUUCUUCAUCCCCUACGCCAUCACCAACAUGGGCGGCGCCCUCCUCGCCAUCGAGAAGGGGUUCAUGGGACCCAACUACUCCAUCUCCACCGCGUGCGCCACCGCCAACUACGCCUUCCACUCCGCCGCCAACCACAUCCGCAAGGGUGAGGCCGACAUCAUGAUCGCGGGCGGUGUCGAGGCGCCCAUCAUCCCCGUGGGUCUCGGCGGCUUCGUCGCCUGCCGAGCGCUCUCCUCCAACAACGACAACUUCGCCGCCGCGUCCAGGCCUUGGGACAAGAACCGCGACGGUUUCGUCAUGGGCGAGGGCGCCGGUCUCCUCGUCCUGGAGUCCCUCGAGUCUGCGCUCAAGCGCGGCGCUCGCAUCCACGCCGAGUACCUCGGCGGCGCCAUCACCUGCGACGCGCACCACAUGACCGAUCCCCGCCCCGACGGCUCGGGCGUCGGCUUGUGCAUCGAGAAGGCUGUCGAGGACGCCGGCAUCGACAUCAAGGAGAUCAACUACAUCAACGCGCACGCCACCUCCACCCUGGUCGGUGACGUCGCCGAGAUCAACGCCGUGAAGAAGGCCUUCAAGGGCGACCUCACCGGCGUCAAGAUGAACGGCACGAAGUCCAUGGUCGGCCACUGCCUCGGCGCGGCGGCUGGCGUGGAGGCGGUGGCCACCAUCAUGGCCAUCAAGACCGGCUGGGUGCACCCCACCAUCAACCAGGAAGACCCCAUCGACGAGGUCGAGGGUAUCGACACCGUGCCCAACGUCAAGGCGGAGCACAAGAUCUCCGCCGCCAUUAGCAACUCUUUCGGUUUCGGCGGUCACAACUCCUGCUGCAUCUUCGGACCCUACGAGGCGUAA